AUGGGGUUCAAGCUAUUGACAUCUACACCUUAUUAUGUUAAGACAAAUGGUAAAGUCGAAGCAGCAAAUAAGGUAGUUAUUGGCUUGAUUAAGAAACAUGUGGGAAAAAAUCCAAGGAAUUGGCAUAAGACAUUGGACCAGAUUUUAUGGGCAUGUCAAACCUCCCCUAAAGAGGCUACAAAUACUACGCCUUUUCGACUGACAUAUGGUCACGAUGCAGUAUUACCAGUCGAAAUCUAUCUUCAAUCAACUAGAGUCCAAAGGCAAAAUGAGAUUCCAUAUGAAUCCUAUUGGAACAUGAUGUUGUACGAGUUAGUUGACUUAGAUGAAGAAAGGUUAAAAGCCUUAGAGUUAUUAAAGAGGCAGAAAAAGAGAGUAGAGAAAUCAUACAAUAAAAAGGUUAAACUUAAAGCGUUCUCACCUGAAUACUUAGUUUGA